AUGCCUAUACCCGAAGACCAGAUUACUGAGAGAGAUGACUCAGAAGAUGACUCUGAUUCUGAUUCAAAAAUAAUUGAGCCAUCGAUGAGAUUAAAUAAAAAUAUUAUGUAUGGCGCUACUAAUAACUCAAACCUUAUUAAAAGACUAAAAGAAAACAUUUCCUUAAACGUAAGGACAUUUAAAACAGCAUCCACUGCUACAGUUAAUUUGCCAGUUAAUUUAGAACACAGUCACAAAAAUAAUAACAGAAUACCUGCAGGAUGUUCAUCGCUGAAGUCAAAUGCUUCUUCAUCACAUAGAUUAAAAUCAAUUGUAAAAAAAAAACAUAAGAGUUCUUUGCCUAAGUCUGUUCAGCUAUCAUCAAACUCAGAAUCUUUAAAGCAAUCAAAUAGUCUACAAUUAAGUCAUACUGCUGUUGAAACUCGUGGAUCACAGAAUUUAAAGAUUUUAAGAGAGGUUGAAAAACCGUCAAAUAAGUACAAAGUUAAUUAUUUAAUUGCUCAAAGUGAUUCUUCUGAUAAAGAUGAUACAUCUAAAAAGUUUAUUUCUUGCAAAUAUGAAAAUUGUGGUAAAUUGAUGGAAGAACCUGAAUUAUUGAUUGAUAAUUUAUUUUGUAGUUUGGCAUGUAAAAACCAAAAACAAACAGUAACCGAAGAACAUUUUGUCGAUGAAACUUCCAAUCCAACCGAAAAAACUACAGUUGAUCGUAAUCACAUUUUAACAAAAUUUAAAAAUAGAACUAAUAAGAAGAAACUAACAAAAUUUAAAAAUAGAAUUAAUAAGAAGAAACUAACAAAACUUAAAAAUAGAAUUAAUAAGAAGAAACAAAUGUUAAAAACUUCUUGUCCUGAAGAAAAUGACAAUUCUAAUGAACAGGUAAUACAUAUUUUUAAUGAACCAUCUAAAGAGGAAAAUCAACCGCCACUUAAAUCAUUGUUGUCAAUCAGUUAUCCAGAAGCGAUAGAUAAUCAUAAUUAUUUUGAUCUAAAACCUCUGAUAGAAGAUAAUGAUGUGUUAAAAUAUAUGACUGGGUUUCAACUCAGAUCUGCACCUCUACAAUUUUUUGAUAGACCUUUUCCUACUGAAAAGAACUUAUUUGUAGUUGGAGAAAAACUGGAAGGAAUUGAUCCAAAAUAUGAAGCAUUAUUCUGUGUAAUGACCGUUACAGAAGUUUGUGGAUACCGUAUUAAAUUGAAUUUUGAUGGUUAUGGAUCUGAACAUGAUUUUUGGGUAAAUGCGGAUUGUCCAGAUUUGUUUUAUGCAGGAUGGUGUAAAAUGAAUUCGCGCAUUCUACAACCACCGUACAAUUAUGGGAAAGUAUUUGAUUGGACUGUUUAUCUUAGAGAAUGUCAAGCUGUACCUGCUCCAAAGUGUAAUUUUAUCUCUACUAAAAACCUUGGUAGUUGUGCCAUUCCACACAAAUUUCGUAUUGGAGGUAAAUUAGAAGCAUUAGAUAAAUUAACCCGUACACAAACCAAACAGUUAAUAUAUGUUGCUACUGUUGCUGAUAUCUUGGGUAAUCGUGUUCGUAUUCAUUUUGAUGGGUGGUCAGAAGAUUUUGAUUACUGGGCAGACAUUACAUCAACCUAUAUACAUCCAAUAGGAUGGUGUGAAAAAAAUGGUCGAACUUUAAUUCCACCUGAAUAUGAUACAGCUAAGAAAGGAAGAAAACCUUUUAAGUGGACCGAAUACUUAGCAGAGACUAAUAGUGAACCUGUGCCUGAAGAUGCAUUUGUUCGCAGACCUUUACGAGAUUUUUCUAAUGAAAUGAUAAUAGAGGUUUUUGAUUGUGUUGUUCCAAGACUAUUAAGAAUUGCUAAGGUAGUAGAUGUUAGAGGCGAUGAAUUAAAAAUUGUUUAUGAUGGAUUUGAUGAUGAUUAUGCAUACUGGAUUGAAGACGAUGGUCCAAAUAUUCAUCCGGUUGGAUGGUCGUCAAAAAUUAACCAUCCAAUUGAACUCCCUCCAGCAUCUAAUACACUUUGGAGUUGCAAUAUUCAUGGUUGUAGAGGUUAUGGGAAUUCAUCAAAUCAUUUGAAAACUGAUCAUGUUGAAAUAAAAGAUUGUCCAUAUGAAAUGGAUGCAUGGAAGAAUGCUCUUGCUGGGUUGUCAAAUGUGCCUUAUCGAUUGAAACCUCUUAAUAUUGAACUACCACAACAUUCAAAAAGUAGUAAUAAAUGA